CACGUAUCUUGCAGGCCACCAAGGCCACUAAGGCCACCAAGGCCACCAAGGCCACCAAGGCCACCAAGGCCACUAAGGCCACUAAGGCCACUAAGGCCACUAAGGUCACCAAGGCCACUAAGGUCACCAAGGCCACUAAGGCCACUAAGGCCACCAAGGCCACCAAGGCCACUAAGGUCACCAAGGCCACUAAGGCCACCAAGGCCACUAAGGCCACCAAGGCCACUAAGGCCACUAAGGUCACCAAGGCCACUAAGGCCACUAAGGUCACCAAGGCCACUAAGGCCACUAAGGCCACUAAGGCCACCAAGGCCACCAAGGCCACCAAGGCCACCAAGGCCACUAAGGCCACCAAGGCCACUAAGGCCACUAAGGCCACUAAGGCCACGAAGGUCACCAAGGCCACUAAGGCCACUAAGACCACUAAGGUCACUAAGGCUACCAAGGCCACUAAGGCCACUAAGGCCACUAAGACCACUAAGGCCACUAAGACCACUAAGGCCACUAAGGCCACCAAGGCCACCAAGGCCACUAAGGCCACCAAGGCCACCAAGGCCACUAAGGCCACCAAGGCCACUAAGGCCACCAAGGCCACUAAGGCCACUAAGGCCACUAAGACCACUAAGGCCACUAAGGCCACUAAGACCACUAAGACCACUAAGGCCACCAAGGCCACCAAGGCCACUAAGGCCACCAAGGCCACCAAGGCCACUAAGGCCACCAAGGCCACCAAGGCCACCAAGGCCACUAAGGCCACCAAGGCCACCAAGGCCACUAAGGCCACCAAGGCCACUAAGGCCACCAAGGCCACCAAGGCCACCAAGGCCACUAAGGCCACCAAGGCCACUAAGACCACUAAGACCACUAAGGCCACCAAGGCCACUAAGGCCACUAAGGCCACCAAGGCCACCAAGGCCACCAAGGCCACUAAGGCCACUAAGGCCACUAAGGCCACCAAGGCCACCAAGGCCACUAAGGCCACUAAGGCCACCAAGGCCACCAAGGCCACCAAGGCCACUAAGGCCACCAAGGCCACCAAGGCCACCAAGGCUACCAAGGCCACCAAGGCCACUAAGGCCACUAAGGCCACCAAGGCCACCAAGGCCACCAAGGCUACCAAGGCCACCAAGGCCACUAAGGCCACUAAGGCCACUAAGGCCACCAAGGCCACUAAGGCCACCAAGGCCACUAAGGCCACUAAGGCCACUAAGGCCACCAAGGUCACUAAGGCCACCAAGACCACUAAGGCAACCAAGGCCACCAAGGCCACCAAGGCCACUAAGGCCACCAAGGCCACCAAGGCCACCAAGGCCACCAAGGCCACUAAGGCCACCAAGGCCACUAAGGCCACCAAGGCCACUAAGGCCACCAAGGCCACUAAGGCCACUAAGGCCACUAAGACCACUAAGGCCACUAAGGCCACUAAGACCACUAAGACCACUAAGGCCACCAAGGCCACCAAGGCCACUAAGGCCACCAAGGCCACCAAGGCCACUAAGGCCACCAAGGCCACCAAGGCCACCAAGGCCACUAAGGCCACCAAGGCCACCAAGGCCACUAAGGCCACCAAGGCCACUAAGGCCACCAAGGCCACCAAGGCCACUAAGGCCACCAAGGCCACUAAGACCACUAAGGCCACUAAGACCACUAAGGCCACCAAGGCCACUAAGGCCACUAAGGCCACCAAGGCCACCAAGGCCACCAAGGCCACUAAGACCACUAAGGCCACUAAGGCCACUAAGGCCACCAAGGCCACCAAGGCCACUAAGGCCACUAAGGCCACCAAGGCCACCAAGGCCACCAAGGCCACUAAGGCCACCAAGGCCACCAAGGCCACCAAGGCUACCAAGGCCACCAAGGCCACUAAGGCCACUAAGGCCACCAAGGCCACCAAGGCCACCAAGGCUACCAAGGCCACCAAGGCCACUAAGGCCACUAAGGCCACUAAGGCCACCAAGGCCACUAAGGCCACCAAGGCCACUAAGGCCACUAAGGCCACUAAGGCCACCAAGGUCACUAAGGCCACCAAGACCACUAAGGCAACCAAGGCCACCAAGGCCACCAAGGCCACUAAGGCCACCAAGGCCACCAAGGCCACCAAGGCCACCAAGGCCACUAAGGCCACCAAGGCCACCAAGGCCACCAAGGCCACUAAGACCACUAAGGCCACCAAGGCCACCAAGGCCACCAAGGCCACUAAGACCACUAAGACCACUAAGACCACUAAGGCCACCAAGGCCACCAAGGCCACCAAGGCCACUAAGACCACUAAGGCCACCAAGGCCACUAAGGCCACCAAGGCCACCAAGGCCACUAAGACCACUAAGACCACUAAGACCACUAAGACCACUAAGGUCAUGGUCGAAUAG